GACCAGGUCAGACAAACACGGCUCUAAACAAACCAGGCGGCAUCACGUGACUCGCUCCUAAACGUCAGAGCGCCGUGUCACGUGACUCGCUGUUGUCCUAGUGUGUCCGGAAAUGGCUAGAAACGAGGAGAAACAGCUUGGAAAAUUAAAUCGGUUAUGGCUUCAGAAAGAAAGAGAUGAAGGUCGCAUUCAAGACAUUAACGAAGCAAGACCAAAGCUCCAGUCCCAGCUAUCCCACUACCCGGAGAGGAAGAUAGCAGAGUUCCACCAGCAAAUUGAGCAGCUGGAAAAAGAAUACAAGCGAUACCUCAACAAACUGCGCUCCCUGGACCCCACCUGCAAACAUAAGCCCUGGACUCCUAGAGCAUACUCAAAGAGAAGGCAAGACUCUGACAGUGGUCAACGCACUGCCAAAAGGCUCCAUAUCCCUGAUUCCUGUAGUCAAGCCAGUCCAGCAGAAGCAGCUACAACAUCUACCCUAUAUAAGCAGGAUCUCCUUAACCAGUCAACCCCCAGUGUUGCCCCACCUUCAGAUCUUCCAGACCAGGAUCUCCCACUAUCCUUUGACCGCACUAGACUUGCAGUAGCAGUGGCUGGAUCUGGGAGGACGCCAUCAGGACAGCUGCAGGAUAGGAACACAUUGGCUUCUGUGCUGCGCAGUGGCCUACCCAACCUGCACAGCUCCAUAGCACCAGCUGGAGGACUUCAAGAGGACCUGGAGACAAAACACCUCCCCUGUACUGAAAUAACACAGAAUAAGACCAAACAUGUGUUGGGAUUGGAGUGCUACUCAUCUUCAGAUGAGGAAACGUAGUGAAUCAGCAAAGGUGCUGUUGAAACUGGGACACUGGGACAAGUUUACUGUAUGUUUGUUAUAUGUAAUAAACUGGUUUUCUCUGAGUGUCUUUAUGGUAUUCACAAUUAAUAUCAGAAAACCAACAAAAAAAUAACAUUUUUGAAAAAUUAUUAUUCUUUCACUUUUGAAGGAGCAUUCCACAAAUUUGUUAAUUUCUGCAUAAUUAAGUUUUUAACAUGUAAAGAAGUCGUUCAGAGAGGUUUGAUGUGAAAUUCUAAAGAAAUUCAUCAAAUCAGACUGGUUUACAGUUUACAGGUGGUGAUAAGGAAACAUUUGUUAAAUGGCUCUAAAACUACCUCACAGAAAGUUCUUACACAAAUUGUUAAUGAAUACAUUGCUUGAUGCCUGAUUGUUUUUAUGAUAGUUUUCUGAUAAGGCUUUGGCCUGACAUGUAGUUUUUAAAUAAAUUCAUGUUCCAGUUACGUGAAGGCAAAAUAGCACAAUGAACAUUUUUCAACAUUUAUUAUUCUAUCAUUAUAAGCUCACUGGUCAUUUGGAUGGCGAAUACCAUGGCUGUAUUUGUGUUGUACAUAUCGAGACCCUUGGUUCCCACAGUCUGCUGUAAAGACAAUCGGUGUCAGUAUAUUUUCCCACAAUGUAUCAUUUCACAUUGAAAUAAACAGAAUAACUUUA